CAAUCGUUUUUCCUCCUCAUCAGUUUUUCUCAUAUUACAUUAUUGUCUGACUGGUAAUCUCUUCGAUUAUUUUCUCCAGAUUAAUGGAAUUGAUCACUUAAAUGCAGAAACUUUUCAUUUUAUCCUUAAAUUCAAUUGAAAAUAAAGGAAUGGAGGGUAUAUUCGAGAAGGCAUGAUUUUUUAGUGACCAACGAUAAGGUGGGUUUAAUUUGGGGAAGGAAUUGUUAGGAUAUGCGUGAAUGUCUCAUGAAACCGCAAAAAAGCAAUUCUAAUAUUAUAAUUAUAGGACUUUACUAAGCAACAGCAGCAACAGUGUUCGAUAUGCGGUGAAAAUGAGGAGCGUCAAAUGUUAUCCUGUUUUAAUUGCAAUAAUGUAGUACAUCCGGACUGUGCUGGUUUGCCAGAACACGUCGUUAAGGUUGCACUGAAUUACAGAUGGAACUGCAUUGAAUGCAAGAAAUGUACGAUAUGCGAAAAACCGGAUAAUGAGGAUGCAAUGAUGUUUUGCGAUCGUUGUGACCGCGGUUAUCAUACAUUUUGUGUUGGUUUAUCAUCUCCGCCGAAUGGUAAUUGGAUUUGUUCCAGUUUCUGUGCUGAUCGCAGUGUAACAGCAACGGAUAACACAUGUCGUGCAUGAUGGACGGUUUUGCUUUAUCAUAGUACAGUGUACUAUAUACUGGAAAUGUAGUUUUCCCCGUUCAACUCAGAAAUUUCCUUUAAUAUUUGUCCAUCUCAAUGAUUCUAUGCAUAUCUGUUAUUGUCGUUCACACCAUGCGUUUUGUUGAUCAGUUGUAUUUUAUCCGCUUUUAUAUGUAUUCAACACGAUGAUUUAUAAUUGCUAAGAUAGUCAUUGACAGCUUACCCGAGAUUUAUUUCUUUCUAGUUAAGCAGAACAUGUUGACUCGAGGAUUCCCGAAACUAGC